GGAGCCGGGAGAGGCGCUGUCACUUGGGCCCUGGGCCAGUCGCCGGCCACCAGCGACCCAGGCCGGCUGCUGCGGCUGCUGCGGGACGCCCCUUCCUCCGGGCGAUCUGGCACUGGCUCCCCCAUCCCCAACCAGCUUGCAGGACAGGACACUCAGGCUAAGGCUGGGCCAAGAUGGCAUCUGUGUUUCGAAGUGAGGAGAUGUGUUUAUCACAGCUGUUUCUCCAGGUGGAGGCUGCGUACUGCUGUGUGGCUGAGCUCGGAGAACUUGGGUUGGUUCAGUUCAAAGAUUUAAAUGCGAACGUGAACAGCUUCCAAAGGAAAUUUGUGAAUGAAGUCCGAAGGUGUGAGUCACUGGAACGAAUCCUCCGUUUUCUAGAAGAUGAGAUGCAAAAUGAGAUUACAGUGCAGUUGCCUGAGAAGGAGCCGGACACGCCCCUCCCUCGAGAAAUGAUCACCCUGGAGACUAUUCUAGAAAAAUUGGAAGGAGAGUUACAAGAAGCCAACCAGAACCAACAGGCUUUGAAGAAGAGCUUUCUAGAACUGACAGAACUAAAAUACCUCCUGAAGAAAACCCAGGACUUCUUUGAGACAGAAACCAACUUAGCUGAAGAUUUUUUUGUUGAAGAUACUUCUGGUCUGUUGGAGUUAAGAGCUAUCCCUGCAUUCAUGACUGGAAAGUUGGGGUUCACGGCUGGCGUGAUAAACCGGGAGAGGAUGGCUUCCUUUGAGAGGCUGCUGUGGCGAGUUUGCCGGGGAAAUGUCUACCUGAAGUUCAGUGAGAUGGACACGCUCCUGGAGGACCCCGUGACGAAAGAAGAAAUUAAGAAGAAUAUAUUCAUCAUCUUUUAUCAAGGAGAACAGCUCAGGCAGAAAAUCAAGAAAAUCUGCGACGGGUUUCGUGCCACCACCUACCCCUGCCCAGAGUCUGCGGCCGAGCGCAGAGAGAUGCUCAGUAGCAUCAACGUGAGGCUGGAGGACCUGAUCACUGUCAUAACCCAAACUGAGUCUCAUCGUCAGCGCCUGCUACAGGAAGCAGCUGCCAACUGGCAUUCCUGGGCCACCAAAGUGCAGAAGAUGAAGGCCAUCUACCAUGUCCUGAACAUGUGCAACAUUGACGUCACCCAGCAGUGCAUCAUUGCUGAGAUCUGGUUCCCAGUGGUAGACGCUGGGCGCAUCAAGAAGGCUUUAGAGCAAGGCAUGGAACUAAGUGGCUCGUCCAUGGUCCCCAUCAUGACAGAAGUGGAAUCUAAAUCUGAUCCUCCCACCUUUAACAGAACCAAUAAAUUCACCGCUGGCUUCCAGAACAUUGUUGACGCAUACGGUGUAGGCAGUUACCGGGAGAUAAACCCAGCACCCUAUACCAUCAUUACCUUCCCCUUCCUGUUCGCUGUGAUGUUCGGAGACUGCGGUCAUGGGAUGGUGAUGCUGCUGGCAGCCCUGUGGAUGGUUCUUAAUGAGCGGCACUUGCUGUCUCAGAAGAGCAGCAAUGAGAUCUGGAACACGUUCUUCCACGGCCGCUACCUGAUCCUGCUCAUGGGCGUCUUCUCCAUCUACACGGGGCUGAUCUACAACGACUGCUUCUCCAAGUCUUUGAACAUCUUUGGCUCUUCUUGGAGCGUCCAGCCCAUGUUCAGAAAUGGCACAUGGAAUGCUCACGUGAUGGAGAGGAAUCUUUAUUUACAGCUGGACCCAGCAAUGCCGGGAGUGUACUCUGGAAACCCCUACCCAUUCGGCAUUGAUCCGAUUUGGAACCUGGCUUCAAACAAACUCACAUUUUUGAACUCCUAUAAAAUGAAGAUGUCAGUUAUCCUGGGAAUUGUCCAGAUGGUUUUUGGUGUCAUUCUCAGCCUCUUCAAUCACAUACACUUCAGAAGGUCUCUCAACAUCAUUCUGCAGUUCGUUCCUGAGAUGAUCUUUAUGCUGUGCCUGUUUGGGUACCUGGUUUUCAUGAUCAUUUUCAAAUGGUGCCAAUAUGACGCCCACACAUCCCAGCACGCCCCCAGCAUCCUCAUCCAUUUCAUCAGCAUGUUCCUGUUCGACUAUGAUGACCCUUCCAACGCGCCCCUGUACAGGCGUCAGCAAGAAGUCCAAACUUUCUUCGUCAUUAUGGCGCUGAUCUCUGUGCCGUGGAUGCUCCUGAUUAAGCCAUUUAUUCUCAGAGCCAGGCACCGGCGAUCGCAGCUACAGUCGUUCACGAUCCAUGAAGAUGCCACUGAGGACAUUGAAGGCGGCCGUUCUAACAACUCUGGCCAGAAGGCUCCAGCGAGCGCCCACGGGACUCAGGAUGACCAUGAUGAGGAGUUCAACUUUGGAGACAUCUUUGUGCAUCAAGCCAUCCACACCAUUGAGUACUGCCUGGGCUGCAUCUCCAACACAGCCUCGUACCUACGGCUCUGGGCCCUCAGCUUGGCUCAUGCAGAACUGUCCGAAGUGCUCUGGACCAUGGUGAUGAACAUUGGCCUUCGCCAGCGGGGCUGGGGCGGUCUCAUUGCAGCCUUCAUCAUUUUCGCCAUCUUUGCCGUCCUGACAGUUGCCAUCCUUCUCAUCAUGGAAGGCCUGUCUGCCUUCCUGCACGCCUUGCGUCUGCACUGGGUGGAGUUCCAGAACAAAUUCUAUGUCGGGGCUGGGUACAAGUUCUCCCCCUUCUCCUUUAAGCACAUCCUGGAAGGGACAGCUGACGAAUAGCCUUGUCUGUGUCUCCUGCGCGCCUGUGGGUGCCGGCAGAAGACCUUCAUCUUGUGGCUGAUGUCAGCCCAAGCCAAGAGGUCAACGCAACUCUGGAUCUUGGCCACCCGAAGCCUAGAGCUGCGUAUUACUUGGUUAUGAGCCUUGGGAUUUGAUGUGACUUAACAACGUCAUUGAAGAGCUACUCUGGCUAAUCAUAUUGACUUCAAGUAUGACCUUAAUUAUCAUGUAAUAAAAUGAUUGGAAAAUGAA